AUGUUGGACGGCGGGUUAAACAAGCUGCACAAGCGCAUGCGGGGGCGGUUUGGUGAUACCUUGAAUCCGGAUGAUGCCUUCUUAAGCUUGACGCGAGAGGACAUGCAAACCCUUAAGAACGAUUGGCUCACAGACAACAUCAUCUCGUUUUGGGAGGAAUAUCUCGAACACGAGUUCCUCACCAAAUUCAAGUCUUCGAACAUCGUUCUCCUCCGGCCCAGCAUGUCCUUCAUGAUCCUCCAAACCCCGGAUCCUCGCACUCUCCGCGAAGCGCUCCCCGAUUUCAGCCGAGCCACCCAUGUCUUCCUCCCCAUCAAUGACUGCCGCAACGUCACUCAAGCCGAAGGCGGCACGCAUUGGUCAUUACUUUUGAUUUCCAUUGUAGACAGAAUCGCGUUCCACUACGACUCGCUGUACCAAGGAAACGUCUGGGAAGCUGACACAGUCACCCGCAAGUUUGGGGUCAUGCUGAACCAGCCGAUCCGAUUUAUGCAUCUGAAUGAUUCCCCCCAGCAAGAUGGAGGCAGUGACUGCGGCGUCUUCGUGUGCUUGAACAUGCGCCAUCUGCUCAUGAGGCGGUUGCUCAUGGCCAGCGCACACGAGAAGGUUAGCAUGAGCCUUGGAGGGCGGAAGGUCGACGCCCGCGCUGGCCGUAAAGAGAUGGCCAAGAUUAUUGAGGGCUUCCGGAAAGAAGGCGAGCGACGACGAUCCUCAAGCCUCAGCCCCAUGGGGAAGAAGUCCCGCAGUCCGCCGCGGGUGGAUUGA